AUGACUACUUUCAAGAGAGCUUCAAAAGCUCUCACAUCCAAAUUUUCUGCAAUUUAUACUUGCAAUUUUCAUCCGGUAACCUUUUUAUCGCAUUUUUCUUAUACUCAUAAUGCUUCAUUUUGCUCUCGUCCUCGCCAAAACAAUAAAGAAGCAUCAACUAUAGAUUUGAAUCAGUACCCUUCUGAUAACAUUCGUAACUUUUCAAUUAUUGCCCAUGUUGAUCAUGGAAAAUCAACCUUAGCUGACAGACUUCUCGAACUUACUGGAACCAUUAGAAAAGGACACGGUCAGCCUCAGUACUUAGAUAAAUUGCAGGUAGAGAGGGAACGGGGAAUAACCGUUAAAGCCCAAACAGCAACUAUGUUCCAUCGUCACAAGUUCCUUGGCAGUGACACAGAUUUUUUGUUAAACCUUGUUGACACACCUGGACAUGUGGAUUUCAGCUAUGAAGUAUCCAGAUCUUUGGCAGCUUGUCAAGGUGCCCUUUUGGUUGUAGAUGCAGCCCAAGGUGUGCAGGCACAGACUGUUGCUAAUUUUUACCUCGCGUUUGAAUCAAACCUGGCCAUAAUUCCUGUCAUAAAUAAAAUUGAUCAGCCCACUGCUGAUCCAGAUCGGGUAAAAACACAGCUCAAAUCUAUGUUUGACCUUAAUCCAAGCGAUGUACUAUUGACAUCAGCAAAAACGGGUCUAGGUCUAGAGCAAGUUCUUCCUGCUGCAAUAGAGAGAAUUCCUCCUCCCCCUGGUAAAAACACUUCACCUUUGCGAAUGCUUUUGCUGGAUUCAUAUUAUGAUGAGUACAAAGGAGUUAUCUGCCAUGUGGCUAUUGUUGAUGGUGCUCUGCACAAGGGUGACAAGAUUUGCUCUGCUGCGACUGGCCAAAGUUAUGAAGUUUCUGAUGUUGGUAUCAUGCACCCAGAACUUGUGGCAACAGGAAUCCUUUUAACAGGUCAAGUUGGAUAUAUAGUUAGCGGAAUGCGUUCAACAAAAGAGGCCCGUGUUGGGGAUACUCUACAUCAUACACGAACAGUUAUACAGCCCCUUCCAGGUUUCAAGCCAGCAAAACAUAUGGUCUUUUCUGGCCUAUAUCCUGCUGAUGGAUCUGAUUUUGAGGCACUUAACCAUGCCAUAGAGAGACUGACGUGUAAUGAUGCCAGUGUCUCUGUAACUAAAGAAAGCAGCACAGCUCUAGGUCUGGGUUUCAGAUGUGGUUUCUUGGGCUUACUUCACAUGGAUGUUUUUCAUCAGCGACUUGAGCAGGAACAUGGAGCACAUGUCAUUUCGACUGUUCCUACAGUGCCAUAUAUUUUUGAGUACUCAGAUGGAAGCAAAUUACAGGUCCAGAAUCCUGCUGCUUUGCCUUCAAACCCCAAAAAUCGACUCACUGCCUGCUGGGAACCUACUGUGAUAGCAACUAUUAUAAUCCCUAGUGAGUAUGUGGGGUCUGUUAUCACUUUAUGCGCUGAGCGUCGUGGGGAGCAAUUGGAGUACUCAUUUAUUGAUAGCCAGCGAGCUUUCAUGAGGUAUCGCAUGCCUCUGAGGGAAAUUGUUGUGGACUUCUACAAUGAAUUGAAAAGUAUAACAUCAGGAUAUGCUUCGUUUGAUUAUGAGGAUUCAGAAUAUCAGGCUUCAGAUUUGGUGAAGCUGGAUAUUCUCCUUAAUGGCCAACCAGUUGAUGCCAUGGCAACCAUUGUCCACAAAUCAAAAGCUCCACGUGUCGGCCGCGAACUUGUGGAGAAGCUUAAAAAGUUUAUAGACAGGCAGAUGUUUGAAAUUAUCAUACAAGCUGCUAUUGGAUCUAAGGUCAUCGCUCGGGAGACGCUUUCUGCUAUGAGAAAAAAUGUUCUGGCCAAGUGUUAUGGUGGUGAUGUUACAAGAAAGAGGAAGUUGUUGGAGAAACAGAAAGAAGGGAAGAAGCGAAUGAAGCGAGUGGGAUCCGUCGAUAUACCCCAAGAGGCAUUUCACGAGUUACUCAAGGUCUCAUGAAGACUAUCUUAAAUGCAUUCUAGAUUUCUAGUUCUAGUUACAAAAGACAGGCGAGACGCUGAUGAAUAGAAAAUGGAAACACUAGACUGACGAGAAAGUGUAUCACAGGAUUUAAACUCUUGUCUUAUGAAAAAUUAGUUUGGAGUAGUAAUAAGUGUUACUCAGUA